UCCCCGUUCUUUCUUUAGUUUCCGAUGGCUGCGAUACGGACACACGUUCUGGCGUAUAGACCAUACCAAAACCACGCUCUUUUGUUCCGUCUCCAACGCGUUUCGCUCUUGCUCUUCCAAGCGCUUUGGAGAAUGACGUCGAAGAGAGGGGCGCUCCGGCAUGCGCAAGACUAUUCACCAUUGUUUAGUACCCGCUGAUCAAAUUCUGUGGUAUUGCCUCCAUGAGCAUAGAGGGGUUAAUCAAUCCUUCGUUUUCACCAACUCGUACAACGAGUCUCCACUCUCAUCCAGACAAGCCACUGCCGAUAUCGAUACAAUAUCAGAUGAUCCAUUAAGAUGAUUACCGAAGACGCCUUAAAUAUCCUGUCAAAGACGUCUUGAGCGCUUAGCAUAUUAAUGCCUCGGACAUAACAAACGUGCAUUCGUGGCGGGAUCUACAAUUCGCUCAGGUCGUCGAAAGGGGCUCCGAAGACGAUUAAUCCUACAGAGCUGUACAGAGAUUGGUUAACAGAGAACCACUUCGAAUCGAGACACAUGUGCGAGGCAUCUUCUGCACACGUAACCUUGCUGAUCACUCGUUCAUUAUCCUACAACUCAUCAGGAAGUAGGCAAACAACGAGUAAUUUGAUUCAUUUUCACUACAGGACAAAUGUUACAUGCAUUCUGUAAUUAGUCAACUUGUUAUAACGCUUCAUUAUCCUAUGAUAUA